AUGGCAGCCACCAUGAUGAUGCAGAGCCGUGGACAGAACUUUAACGAGAUUUCUGCUCAAAAUGCGCUGGUUCCGGACUGGAUCGGUACCGAAGUCAGCACAGGGACCACCAUCAUGGCUGUGGAAUACGAUGGAGGAGUGGUGAUCGGAGCAGACUCCCGGACCACCACAGGAGCCUACAUCGCCAACAGAGUGACAGACAAACUGACUCCGAUCCAUGAUCGCAUCUACUGCUGCAGGUCUGGCUCUGCUGCAGACACUCAGGCCAUUGCUGACGUUGUGUCGUACCAGCUGGGCUUCCACAGUAUCGAGCUGGACGAGCGCCCUCUGGUGGAGACAGCAGCUCAUCUCUUUAAAGCGUCCUGUUACAGAUACAGAGAGGAGCUCACAGCAGGGAUCCUGGUGGCAGGAUGGGACCGUCGCAAAGGAGGCCAGGUGUACUGUGUUCCCAUCGGGGGCAUGCUGGUGCGUCAGCCUGUGGCAAUCGGGGGCAGUGGGAGCACUUACAUCUACGGCUUCAUGGAUUCAAACUACAAACCUUCAAUGACCAAAGAGCAGUGUCUGGAGCUGACUGCAGCAGCUCUGACUUUGGCCAUGGAGCGGGACGGCUCCAGUGGAGGAGUGGUGCGACUGGCUUCAAUCUCUGAGGACGGAGUGGAGAGAAGGGUGAUCCUGGGGAACGCGCUGCCCAAGGUCUCCACCCACUGA